AUCGGCGGUGCGCUGUGUCCCUCGGACACAGAGGAUCACGGAAAGAGCCGAAGAUGUUGGUUCAGUCAUGUGAUCAGCUGUGUCCAAUCACAGCUGAUCACAUGGGACAUGUACACUGAUCAUCAGGGCACUGAUGAUCAGUGUGCCCUGAUGAUCAGUGUGGCCCCAGAAGUUCCACCUGUCAGUGCCCAUCAGUGUCACGUGCCAGUGCCCAUCAGUGCCACGUGCCAGUGCCCAUCAGUGCCACGUGCCAGUGCCCAUCAGUGCCACAUCAAUGCCACAUAUCAGUGCCCAUCUGUGCUGCCUUUCAAUGUCACCCAUCAGUGCCAGUCAGUGCCACCUAUCAAUGCCAAUCAGUGCCACCUAUCAGUGCUGCCAGUCAGUGUCGCCUUCAGUGCCGCCUAUCAGUGCCAUAUAUCAGUGUCAUGUAUCAGUGCUGCCUUUCAGUGCCCAUCAGUGAUGCCUGUCAAUGCCCAUCAGUGCAACCUACCAGUGCCUCCUCAUCAGUGCCCAUCAGUGCCACCUAUCAAUGUCCUUCAGUGCAGCCUAUCAGUGCCCAUCACUGCAGCCUCAUUAGCGCACAUCAGUGAAGGAGAAAAAUCACUUAUUUACAAAAUUGUAUAACAAAAACUAAGAAAAAACUUUUUUUUUUUUUCAAAAUUUUCAGUGGUUUUUGGUUUGUUUAAGAAAAAAUAA